AUGAUGUUUGUUUGUUUGUUUGAGUUUCAAGUGAUACGAGUGUUGAGUCCAGUUUACACAGCUCAUAUUCCAUGUUGGGCAAUCGUAUCGAGAGUUGUGUGGAUAUUUAUGUUGACAGUGAUGACGUUUGUGAUGCUGACAUGCCUCAAACCCGUCAUAGUAAUGACUAAGAAUGUCACUAGUUCAGAAACCAAGAAAGCACAUUAUGGGGUUGCUUUAAAAAUUGCAGAAGAACUAGCAACAACAUCUCGUUGUGGUGUUGAGGUUGCUAUUAUCAUCGCAGGGCAUAACUUCUUUUGUGGCUGUUCUUGGGUGUCAGCAACUGAUUUAGACAGGCUAACAGCUUAUCAAAUUGGCAUGAUGGCAACAGUUAUGAAUUCAGUUUCACUUCAAUCAGCAUUAGAGAAAUUGAAUAUUCAAACGCAUUCAAUGCAGAUCCGGUUAUUAAAGGUACAAAUGCAAAUGGUAUGCGAUAAAAAUAAUGUAGAAUUGGAUCAUAUUUCCUUUCGUGAUGCGAUUUCUAGGGAUUGCUCUUCAAUGAAUUUAAUGGCGAUUCAAUUUUUCGAAGAGAAUGCGAUUCCUGGGACUGUGGUUGACACCAAGAUUUGCCACCCAAUGGAGUUUGAUUUCUACCUGUGUAGUUAUGUUGGUAUUAAGGGAACAAGCAGGCCACCACAUUACCAUGUAUUGUAUGAUGAGAAUAAGUUCACUCCUGAUGGUCUCCAAAAUCUAACAAACUGUAUAUGCUAUAGUUAUCAAAUGUGUACAAGAUCUGUGUCCAUAGUUCCUCUUACUUACUAUGCGCAUUUGGCUGCAUUUCGUGUCUGUUAUUACAUGGAGGGGGUGAAUUGUCUGACAGUGGUUCUUCAUAUGGAGCUGGGGGCAUGCAACAAGAAGGUGCCCCUUAAUAGCAAUGUAGUAUUAGGUUAUAUAGUUAGGGAAACGUCUUAA